UGUAGAUGUGCCUUCUGAUUCACAGGUGAUGUUCCCAUCGACCUGGAUUGUCUAGUAUUCUGGAAGUUCGUUGAGGAAUUGUUUUUUGUGUUUUUUUGGUUGAUUGUGAAAUUUGUGGUGACCGGCGGAGAGCUCUCUCUUUUUUUAACUAUCUGAUCUUCAAUAUCUGCGGAGAGAAGGAGCUGAGAUUUGAGACACGCUAAACGCAGGAAAAGUUAUUCCGCGUCAAUAGCUCAGAAAAAUACUUCCAAAAUGCCUCGUUCAUUCCUCGUCAAGAAGUACUUUACUAACAAGAAACCAAACUACAGUGAACUGGAAAGUCAAAAUGGUCCACUCUUCGCAGUAGUUCCUGAGAGGUUUCCACCAGCAGAGCUGCCCACAGAGAAUGGAUCAGUGGUGCCCAGCUACGCAGCAGGACUGGUGUGGGACAUGGCCAUGCCCCUGUCCUUCGCCCCAGUGUCCCCAACCACCCCCUCCGCAACAGCCCCCCUGGACCUCAGCUCCCCCUCCAGCAGCAGCAGCAGCAGCAGCAGUAGCAGUGGGGAUGAAGACGAGGGGCGCACGUCGGACCCCCCAAGCCCGGACCCUACGGAGCGCUUCCAGUGCGCCCACUGUGGCAAGACCUGCAGCAGCCCCCAGGCCCUCUCCCGACACCAGCUGACCCACUGCGGGCGGGCCGACACGGCCCUGACAGCUUCCGCCAUCACAGCGUCAGCGGUGGUGACCACAGUGCCUUCGUCCGGCCGCUCCAGCUUCCACUGCAAACACUGCCCCAAGGAGUACACCAGCCUGGGCGCCCUCAAGAUGCACAUCCGCUCGCACACACUGCCCUGCGUGUGUACCACCUGCGGCAAGGCCUUCUCUCGACCGUGGCUGCUCAGAGGACACAUCCGCACACACACAGGCGAGCGCCCGUUCUCCUGUCCCCACUGUAACCGAGCCUUCGCGGACCGCUCUAACCUGCGCGCCCACCUGCAGACGCACUCGGAGGUCAAGAAGUACCAGUGCGGUACCUGUUCGCGCACGUUCAGUCGCAUGUCCCUGCUGCACAAACACAGCGUCUCCGGCUGCUGCCCCUCCACAUAGAGGAGCAGAAGAGAGAGAGAGAGAGAGAGAGAGGAAGAGAGAGAUGGAAAGACUACUGUUAAUCUGAUUUACUCCCACGCCACUGCUGGUAUGCUGAACUUCAGCCCAUGCGGCCCAGAGAGAGAAUGAGGGUCAGGUUGCACUGAAUAGUGGCAGCACCAGUGGUGGUCAAGUGCCUUGAUGAAACAGUGUGCACUAGUCCAGGUUUAUGCUGGACACUAUACCACAGAUGCCAGUAGAUAUAUAUAAUCAUACGUGCACCAAGGGGGAUUUUGGGGAGGAUUUGGGGUGGCAGGGGGGUAAGGGUGAGGGGCAGCUGGGCAUUCAGUCUGUUCCCAGGAUGCCACUCGGUGCCGGCUGGUCCGGGAUUGUGACGGUGCAGCUGCUGGAGAGAGAGUGUGUGUGUGUGUGUGUGUGUCUGUGUGUGUUAGUGCCGUAUGUAUGCAGAGUGGGGGUCAUCUCUCACCAAGCUCCACACACUUCCAGGGACGUAUUGAGACAGCUGUCUCCCCACUGCGGUGCAGUGGAGGCGGGGCGCUGACAGAUGCGUUAGCCCUGACCUCUUCCACAACCCCGGCCCCUCCGUCGGCCCUCCUGUCCGCCGACGCCGCUGCCUGCUGCUCCGCCCAGCAGCCACAGGGCAACAGGAUCCGGUGGCCAGAACUUCAAACGGGCCCAAAACAUCCGUGGUACUUUGGUACUUUUUUUAAUGAAAGAAAGAGGUCAGGAAAGAGAUGCAUUUCAUAUGGUUUUCUCCAUACGGUUGGAGAUUUCAUUUAAUAUUCCAGCAAUGCUAUUUUUUUACUUUCAGUUUUGCUGUCCAUGUUAAAUCAUUGUGUCUUCAUGCACAGCUCCUUGUGUAGAGGUUUGAGCGCUUAUACUGCACACAGACAGAAAUACUUUUUUUCUGACAUAUUUCUGCAGUAUGCUCUAGUGUGGGUUUUCAAACCAAAAAUAGGUUCCAUGACCCUAGUAUUGUAUGUGUGCAAAAUGUCCAUGCUUGUCUUAAAAUGCUGUUUGUGGCUCUUUUUGGCGAAUGUCAGACAGAGAGAGAGAGAGAAAGAGGCUGUUAAUAGGAUAAAUUACAACUCCUGCCGUCUCUUCUGUCCCUAAGCAAGCCAAAAUGCCAAGUCAAGACACAAAGAUAGUCAGUUGCUUGUGUAAGUGCCUUUUUUAAAACAAAAAAACUGUAAUUUAUACAUGGGAGUAACUAUGGAAAUGCUGUGCAAUCUGUUUUGGCAAUCACAAAGAUUUUUUGACAUGGUUUAUAUUUCUACACUUUUUGUACGAGUGACCUACGGGCUUUCAAUAAAAUAAUUUAUGUUUGUA